AUGGCUGCUUUGGGCCAUGUUACGGCGGGCCGCCGUUCCUACACAGAUGAUUACACAGAGCUCAACGAUGAGCAGCUUCAUCGGCGUUACAUUCUAAGGCGUGUGGGCACGUUUGUCAAGAUAACAGUAUUUGUAAUCCUCUGGCUAUACUUUACAAUAUUCAUGAUCACGACAACACCGCACGAGCCACAUGAUAUGAUUGUGCCCCUACAGUCACAAAAGGCGCAACUGUCAAGGCUACGAGAAAAACCGAAUGGCGAUCAAAUCACAAUAACAUUAUCAGGUCCCGUCGAUGAGGCUUGCACAAAUAAUCCAAAAAUCGCAACCGAUACUCAGCCCCGCAUAAUUGUGACAGUGGAGAGGUUUGAUCAAUCGGCAAACAAGUCCGCUUGGAAAUCAGAUGAGUGGCAAGUCUAUCUGUUCGAUCCCCCCAGCCCAAGAGUCGGCAAAGUUAAGAAGUAUUUCACCUUGGAGGGGUGCUCCAAUAUCAGGCAAUUCAAUUUAUUUGGACGCAGCGCGCAGAUGAGAAGCGACUCCAGCAAUCUUCAGGUAUCAUUAUUGAAUCUUUAUAAGGACCCAAUGGCAUUAUAUCUGACCAUUAACUCGAAUCCGAUGAAUGCGAAUGUGGGCGUCGUGUGUGGAAUAUUGCUAUUGAUUUUCCUCUAUGUGCUUAUUAUUUGGGAUAUUACGGAUCGGACACUGGCUGCCCUCUUGGUGGCAACAGCUGCCAUUGGAGUGCUCAGCAUGCUGGAUGCUAAGCCGGAACUGAGUACGAUAAUUUCGUGGAUCGAUAUGGAGACCCUAAUGCUACUCUUUGCCAUGAUGAUAAUGGUUUCCAUGCUCGCCGAGACGGGCGUUUUUGAUUUUUUGUCCGUCUAUGCGUAUCAGAUGUCAAAGGGUAACGUUUGGAUGCUCCUAUUCUAUUUGUGCAUGUUCACGGGCUUUCUUUCCGCAUUUCUGGACAAUGUGACGAUGGUAUUGUUAAUGGUGCCAGUUACGAUACGUCUAUGUGAAUCGUUGGCAUUGAGCACCACUGUGGUGCUAAUUAGCAUUGCGAUCUUCGCCAAUAUUGGUGGCACACUGACCCCAGUCGGGGAUCCACCCAAUGUGGUUGUUGCCACCGAUCCGUAUGCGCAGACACAUGGCAUGGAUUUUGGUAAUUUUAUACUGCACAUGUUUCCCGGUGUCAUUCUGUCCAUGAUACUUGGAUUCCUUCUUCUGUAUUUUUUGGUACGAGAAAAGCUCUUUACCAGUAAUUUAUCAUCAGAGAUGCGUGCAUCCUUAGAUAAGCUUCAGAAACAGGCAAAUAGGUUAGGUAACGCCGAUACCCAAAUGUCCAAAAAUGUGGCCAAGCGUAUUGAAGCGCUGCUGGAACGUUUAAAAAAUCAGGAUAUCCAAUCAGAGAAAGUUGACUUUCAGAAAACACUAUCAGAUAUGAAGGCAAAUUGCAAAAUUAAGAAUAAGCCUCUGCUAAUCAAGUGCACCAUUGCGUUUACCUUUGCCAUUCUGAUGUUCUUUAUGCAAUCUCUGCCAGUAUUCGCAGGUGCCACACUGUGCUGGAUUGCGAUGUUGGCGGCGAUACUUCUGCUGAUCCUGGCCAAUAAGCCGGACAUUGAUGCUGUGCUGGAGGGUGUCGAGUGGGGCACUCUAAUCUUCUUUGCUGCACUCUUUGUGCUAAUGGAGUCAAUAGUUGAGCUGGGCGUGAUCGAUUGGGUGGGAGAACUGACUGUCGGCAUUAUUAUGAGUGUUGGCAAGAGUCAUCAGCUGGCGGUGAGCAUUCUGCUAAUCAUCUGGGUGAGCGCCCUCACAUCCGCCUUUGUGGACAACAUACCCAUAACAACCAUGAUGCUUAAGCUGGUUAUCAAGCUGGCGAACAAUCACGAUCUUGGUCUAUCAUUUCCACCAUUGGUUUGGUCCCUUUUAUUUGGCGCUUGUUUUGGUGGCAAUGGAACACUAAUUGGCGCUUCCGCGAACGUUGUAACUGCCGGCAUUGCCCAUCAGUAUGGCUAUCAAAUAACCUUUAAAGGUUUCUUUCUCAUCGGAUUUCCCAUAAUGAUGGCAACGGUGUUGACGGCCACCAUUUACCUUCUGAUUGCCCACUGUCUCUGCACUUGGCAUGAUCCACCAUCCUAUAAUUAG